AAGUUGGGAAGGUGACUUCACAAAGACUUUUCAAAACUUGAAUACAAAAACAAGAGGAAGAACACAAAGAAAGAAAGACUGUAUGAUUUAGUGAUGAUGAACAAAGGAAAAUUGGCCCCAAUUCUGAAACUAAACCUCCCCCCUCCUGAUGAAACUUCGCUUGCUAAAUUCCUAACUGAAUCCGGGACGUUUAUGGACGGUGAGCUGCUAGUGAAUAGAAAUGGUGUUCGAAUUGUUUCUCAAACCCAAUCUGACAGUCCACCACUUAUUCAGCCAUCAGACAACCAGUUAAGCUUAGCCGACUUUGAUGCGGUUAAAGUAGUUGGAAAAGGAAAUGGUGGAAUCGUUCGUUUGGUACAGCAUAAAUGGACCGGGCAGUUCUUUGCUUUAAAGAUGAUUCAAAUGAACGUUGAUGAGUCGAUUCGCAAGCAAAUUGCACAAGAACUCAAAAUCAACCAAACAUCACAAUGUGCAAACAUUGUUGUGUGUUACCAAUCUUUUUACGAUAACGGAGCUGUUUCUAUAAUCUUGGAGUACAUGGAUGGAGGAUCUCUCGCUGAUUUUCUAAAAACCGUUCGAUCCAUUCCAGAACCUUAUCUUGCAGCCAUCUGUAAGCAGGUGUUGAAGGGGUUGUGGUACCUUCAUCAUGAGAAACAUAUCAUUCACAGGGACUUGAAACCGUCAAAUUUACUUAUAAAUCACCAAGGUGAAGUCAAAAUUACCGAUUUUGGCGUUAGCGCAGUACUCGCAAGCACGUCUGGAUUGGCUAAUACUUUUGUUGGCACAUACAAUUAUAUGUCUCCCGAAAGAAUUAUAGGAGGCAACUACGGUUAUAAAAGUGAUAUGUGGAGCUUGGGUUUGGUUUUGUUAGAAUGUGCAACGGGAAAAUUUCCGUACUCUGCACCACAACCAGGUGAAGGUUGGGUCAAUGUUUAUGAGCUUAUGGAAACUAUUGUUGAUGAACCACCUCCUCGUGCACCUGUUGAUCAAUUCUCGCCUCAAUUCUGCUCGUUUAUUGAAGCAUGUGUGCAGAAAGAUCCAAAGGAUAGAGCAUCAGCAAAUGAGCUUAUGUCGCAUCCGUUCAUCAAUAUGUAUGAUGAGCUGGCAGUAAAUCUCUCAUCUUAUUUCACGGAGGCCGGAUCGCCUCUUGCAACGUUGUAAUAACUCUCUGAUUUGGCUAUUUUGUUGUAGCAUGGCUCGGGUUCAAUGUUUGCAGCUAGCUAGUUAAUGAAGAUGAAAACUUCUCCUUUUUGUCGGGUUCGUUCGUGUAAAACUUCAAUCAUCAAUGAAUGUGUAAUACAGUUUUGUCAUCACCAUUAAUAUGAAAUAAUAAGUAUUUGCACCAGGAGUAA